AUGGAACACCUACACAGUGACGUGUGUGGGCCAGUGUCAGUCACCACAAGAGAUGGCAAGUGCUACUUCAUAUCCCUCGUCAAUGACUACAGCUGCUACGCCAUGGUCUACCUGCUGUGCAAGGAUGUGCUUCAGCACUUCCUGUGGUCUGCGCCAUUGGGGCGCAAGUGCUGCUUCCUACACACUGACCAGGGAGGAGAGUACAAGAAUGAUGCUGUGGCCAAGCUACUAUUUGAACAUGGCAUCACCCAUGAGACCAUGUCCUCACACAUGCCAGAACACAACAGAGUUGCCAAGCGCUUCAACUGCACAAUCAUUGACAUGGUGCGCUGCAUGCUGCUCAACAGCAGCCAGCCCAAGAACAUGUGGGGCGAAGCCAUCUUCCUAGCCGUCGCCAUCAACAAUUGA